CGCGUUGGCUGGCGCGCUGGAUCUGCUGUUGGGGGGGCCCAGUCAGAGCCUGUCGUGUUAAACGGUCGGUUCGGGGAACAUUCCCACCACGAGUAGCUGCGGUCUGUGUGGCGUCGUGCGAAAUUCAUCCUUGUUGCGUUGUCGUAAUCGCGUAGUUUGUCGCUCGUUCCGGUGACAGAGUCUCACACGGAUUUCCCACGGGGGUUUCCACGGGAGUUUAUUUUUGCAUUCAAUUCCCGGCACCGGCUGUGAUUUGGAAUCCGGGCAAAGCGUGCGGUUUAUUUUUUUCUUGUGUUUUCUUCUGCACGUUAACCUGAAUUCCCCGGGGAGGUAGUUGUACUUUUUGCGGCUGGAAGCGGAUGAUUUGUGACAGUACGCUUUUCGGCGGGGUGUUCCGUAGUGGUUAGCGUUCCACUAAAUGCUCCCGGGGACUGACAGCCGGACCGAUGAGAGUGGUAAACAAGAAAUGUGACAGGAAGCGAAAUAUUCAGUCGUUGUUUUUGUGCGUCCGAUGGGAUUAGUGGAGUGGAAAGAAAAACAAGAUAUCAACGAAGGUUGGUGGAAAGCGUUAGGCGAGAAGGAAAGCAAAAAAAAAAAAGAGACGCCACUCAUCCGGAUUCGGUUGCCACUGCUGAGCGAGGGUGGAGUGUUUCUGAAAGUUGUACGGCUAGAUUGCCAUUGUUUUUUUAUUCAAGUCUAACGCUUGCGACGGUGGAAGUUUUCCCGGCAGUCAAAGUUUUUAUUUUCUGUUUUGUGUCGUCUGUAACGACAGUAGAGCCGGUUAAAAAAUUCAUCUGAUUAUCCAAUUUGAAUGUGUUUGUGUACAGAAACGAGAAAAAAUGUAAGCCAUUUUUUCGGUGGAAAACAUGGAUAAAGCCGGUAAUUCCACGUUGAAAAAGCUAACGAGUGUAAAAUUUAUGCGCCUGUGAAUUAUUAUUAGUGGGCUCGAACGGCGCCUGCGGGAGUGAUAAGUAUACGUGACAGCAAUGUAAAUCAACUUUUUACGGCUAAACCAAAGCAAAGCUUUGUGCGAAGAAAACCAAGCAAAAACAUCGGUGAAAUAAUCUAUUUUCCUAGGAAUACAAACCCGGCGGUGGCCAACGCCGACAGAAGGAAUUCCCAAUCUGGAAAAACGUGAAUUACGCUGUUCCACUCUCCAGAACCGGUCAGCAAACACCGUCUGCCGUCGAGAGUGCAGUGAAGUGAGAUUUCGAGUGAAUCCAAGAACUUCGCCGACGACGACGACGUCGUCGUUCCCUUGUUGUCGCGUUUCAAGGUGUUUCAAGGUGUGAAGAGGUUCUACCUGGGAGAAGAGUUUUUCUUCACUCAAACUUGGGAGAAAUUACCGUCCAUUAGUCACAAUCAAGUUCACCCUGAAAGACGGGUGCGGCAAGGUGAAAGAAAACCCCGGAUCAGCCUGACCGCGCGCGCGACCUGGUUGCUGCUGAAGGGGGUGCCGCUGGAAAAUUGUGAUUUAUUUUAUUUACGUUCGUGUAUUCGCGACCCGUGCUUCGGUAGUGUUUCGGGUUUAGAGUCCGUCUUCGGUCACAGCGUCCUCGACAAAUGAGUUUUAAGAAAAGCCGAAGUAUGGCGUGCCGAAAAAACAAAAAGAAAAGCGUGAAAAUAUAUCAUUAUUAAUGCCACUUUUUAUUUUGCCUAAUUUUUUACCUUUCUGCCUUUCCGCUGGCCAGUUGUCGCCUCGUUCAUCAAACACUGAGAACAUGAAAGCGUGGAACACGCGCCGAAGAAGAAGUUUUCCUAAUGAGGGCAAUAAAUCUACGCGAGAGGGGAAAAAGUGUCGCGGCCGUUCCGGAGCGUGUCACCAUAGAAAACAAGCGUCGUCGUAACGAGGUGAUAUUAGUCACGAAACAAGCAGUGUAGGAAAGCCCGGACAACUCCCAAUAAACCAAACCUCGAACGAAAAUGAAUUCCAAAUCACACCAGCAUGGUACCGAAAUCAAAUAAAAUACUUCAUUAAGUGUGUUCUCCUCCUGAUUCGAAGCAGAAACUUUGAGCAAACCACACAAUGAGCAGAACAAAGUCACAACCACUGACGGUAAGGCAAACUUUACCGAUGGCUCUGCUACUAGUGACGUUAAACCAAGUGUUAGCCGAAGCAGAUCCGACGGUGCAUCGGAAAGGAAUUGACCAAGGCCUUGUAGCGGCUGCCACUGCAACAGCUGCAGCGGUAGCAAUAGGAGGAGGAGGAGGAGGAGGUGGCACUCCAGAUAAGUUGGACCGCCCGCUGCAACAUUAUGGCAUCACAGCGCCAUCAUCCACCGGCUUUUCCGGUCAAUCCUCAUCGUCCUCGUCAUCGUCGUCGUCGUCGUCCUCCUCCUCAUCGACAGGAAGUAACGGCCAAAAGCCUUAUUUCGACGACAUCAGCCCGCGGAAUGUAACGACCGUGGUCGACAGUACGGCAAUUCUCAAAUGUCGCGUCAAGUACAAAGGCGACCGAACGGUUUCCUGGAUGCGCAAACGGGACCUUCACAUACUGACGUCGAAUAUCGACACAUACACAGGCGACCAGCGGUUUUCGGUGAUUCACCCGAUCGAUUCGGACGACUGGGACUUGAAAAUCCAAUACGCACAACCGAAAGACAGUGGCAUUUACGAGUGCCAAGUGAACACGGAACCGAAAAUUAACUUGGCGUCCUACCUGGAAGUUACAGAGAAACGUGAUUUCGUCCAGGCCUCCGGAGGGAAGCACUUUAUCGGCAGCGCCGGACUAGAUUUUCUCUCGACAGCGGCACGGGCCAAAAUCCUCAACUCACAAGAGGUCCACGUGAUGAAGGGCAGCACCAUCAACCUGUCCUGUGUGGUCAACGUCCACGCUUCGUCCAUCUCAUGGUACCACGGCUCAUCAGUGGUUGACUUUGACUCGGCCCGAGGGGGCAUCAAUCUGGAGACGGAAAAAACCGAGGGCGGCACCAGCAGCCGGCUGAUGCUGACGAGGGCUACCCUGAGGGACUCGGGCAACUACACCUGCGUUCCCACGGCAGCCAUCUCCGCCAGUGUGCAGGUUCACGUGCUAAACGGUGAACACCCGGCUGCAAUGCAAACCAGCAGCGGACAACUUUGCUGUCCGGCUUCGUGUUACGUGCUUGUUUUUAUACUAGCGUCACUAAAUAGUUGUAAUUUAAGUAAAUUAAUCUACUUCAUAUCAGUCAUGCACGAAGCAAUUUGCUUCGUGCUCGUGUCAACGACAGUCAGUCUUCUAAUUUGUAUCCGUCGCCGGUUCGUCUGCAGUCGUCCUGUCGCUCCUCCCAGCAGUAAUAGCAGUUACGACAUCCGAUCAGUUUCUUCCUGUCAUCUAAGCUCGCUUCGCAUCUCCAGUCUGAGAAAGGACAGAGGGGCGCAUUUGAAUCGGGAACCGACACUGCAGCAGAAAAGAUGAUCCCCACGCUACUAUUCAUGGGAAAUGCAGAACCUGUCUCAUCUUCAUCAUCAUCCUCAUCCUCAUCGUCAUCAUCACCAUCAGCCUCCCGUUCCCAUUAUCAUCUUUAUCCUUAAGAGCAGCAGUAGCAUGAUCGUUCUCUUCCAUCAUUCCAUCAGCGACGUUUGUUGUGUCUGUGAAUAAAUAGUAGGUACAUAAAUAAAUAAAGUUAGCAAAAUAGUGACUCAUAACCUAGGAUAAUGACAGCCAACCAGGCAUCGCUUGGAAGACCGAGGGAUCUUAUUCUCUCUCUGUUUCCAUCAGAAAACUAAAUGUAGUGUUAACUGAACCGAGACAAUUUUUCUUACAACCCACCCCAUUCUGUACCAUCCGCUUUUGCUUUUCCGAGCAAAGAUAUCCAACGCUGUUGAGGCAUAGUAAAAGGUGACAGUUUGCUGGACGUGGGUGAGCUGACUGAUGUUGCCUCGUGCAGCCGUCAGCUCAUUCAACCAGGAGCUGCUAGCUUGAUGAAUUACGUGGCAAUCGAUUGUGGACUCUUCGAAGCAUACCAAAUUAGAAUUCGAAGCUGAUCGAAGCCUAGAGUCUAUAAGGCGUUGAAUUUAAUUCAAAUCGAAAGGAAAUACAAACGACAAACCUUUUACAGUGCCUCAUCCAAGCGGUCUUCCUUUUUUGUUUUGUGAAUAAAACAUAACUACAAUUAUAAAACUAAACGAAAAAUAGUUUCCCCCACUGGGAGAAGAGCAAAACUCGAUAAUUAGAUAACAGAUAAAACAAUAAGAGAAUGAAAUUAGAGCGGUUGUAAAUUAUGCAGAGCAAACGGAACCGGUAAAAUCGCCCACAGACUGGCCAUGGAUGGAAUUGUAAAUGUAUCAAUGUUAAGUUUUUAAUUUUUAAUCCACACUACGAACCCAAAAGCUGUACAGAAUAAUGGAACAGAAGAAGCAAACAAAAAAAGUCCUGCGUCCUACUACGAAGUGUUAGUAUAAAUCAUUACUGAGUGACAAAGUGUUCUCAACAAAGAAGAAAAAAUUACCGUAAAAUCCUACUCGCUAAGCGAUAGUUAAUAGCAAUCAACUAUAAAAAUAGAUUCGAACGAGAAAAAAGGGGCGUUUGCAAAACUGCAUUAAAUCAAAAUUAAACCACAACCGCAAGUUUUUUGCGAGCGCGGAUGGACAGUUGAAAAGCUACUGUAUUGAAAAGCGACCUUCACCGACCAGAAGAAGCUCGCUUCGGCGAAGGCCGAACCGUAAAGUUGCUGAACCGAAACAUGAUGAGGCUAUAGAAACCGCCGUACCAGAAACUAGGUUGUACUUAAACUUGACGAAAUGAAAAGCUCGGGCGUACGGGCGGAUAGAAAAGAAGACUAGAGUGGCGAAUGCGAGCAAAAGUAUGGCAACUUUUAAAUUAUAGAAAUGCAGCGGGGAAUCUGCGUACAAUAAAACGGCCAUAGAAGCACUCUGCAAACUGGCUACAAGAGCCACAAUAGUGAAAUAAAAAGAAACAUAAGAUCAAAGAUGAAAUUUUUAAAUAGUACAUAAGUUGGGUGGAACAUGAAACGAAUCAUUUGAGAAUAAUAAAAAAAAACAGUAGAAAAAUUGACCAAAA